CGUCCAUGUGACGUUGUUGUGGUGUCGCCGGGUGAAUUCAAAGCGGGAGGCCUCUGUGUUCUCCCGGGGUCCGGCGGGGUUUUGUUUUCAGGGGACAGAGAGGACAUGAUGCUGGACCGGAGCAGGGUGACGGUGGUGGCGGACGUCGUCUUCAGCCGGAGACACGCGUCCUGCGAGGGGAGGGACACGGUCCAGUGCCGCUGCUCCAGAGCCUUCGUCCUCGAUCGAGAGCUGUAUCGCUCUGAUAACAGGCUGAUCUUCUCUGAUCUGGCAGAUGUCGACGUUCCAGACUCAGAUGAUGAAGAGGAGGAGGCAGAGGAUGAGGAGGAGGAGGAGGAGGAGGAGGAGUUGGAUGAAGAGGCUCAGUUGAUGGUCAGCAUGGGCCUGCCUCUGUCCUUUGCCAGCUCGUCUGGCCGGAGGAGAGCGGAGCGGAGGCCCAACUGGAAUCAUGAAGCACAUCUGGAAGAAUCAGCUGAAGAGGAGGAGGAAGGAGAGGAGGACGAACAGUUAGACGACACAGAGAAGGAAGUGGGUCAUCCACCUGCUGAUGAAGCAGGAGAGACAAAAGAUGAUGGCUGGGAAACUUACUGGGCUGGACAGGGAGAAGCUCUGCUGUGGAGCAGCUGGCUGCAGAAGCAUCCGGAGGCCGAGCCGCCGGCCGCUGAAGGCCCACAAGCAGCCGCCGCUCCCUGGGACGACCCGGACACCAAGGACGAGUGGGACGCACACGCUGCGGAGACCUACUACUCCUACUGGGAGCAGUACUCCUACUGGGCGGCUCAGGGCUGGAGCGCCGACCCGACUGAGGACCGACAGGCUGAGGAGCGGAGCGGGCGGGGGCAGGACGGCGUGGAGGCUUUAAAUGAGCGGAUGGAGCAGAGCUGCACACUGGAGGCCGGUCAGAGCCGUUCGACUGGCUCGGACGGACGUGUCUGUGGCUCUGAUCGUCCCUCAGAUGGAGGGAACGAUCGCAAGAGGUCUGCGCCCUCACAGCAAGGCACCGAGCAACAAGCAGAAUCCCAGCAGGCUGCAGGCGGCUCGGUGAGCGAAGCUCCACGCAGAAAAGACGAAGACGAUGACGAUGAUGAACCCCCCAGAGGAGAACAAGCCAAGGUGAAACGCAGUCAUGAGCUGGACGCGGAGGAGAAUCCUGGACUGACAGCGGAGGAUGCCUGGAGACGCCUGGGACUGAAGCGCAACCCUCAGCCUCUGUUCGACAGCUCCUUCACGUUUAAAGACGGCGCCGGCCCCAAACAGAAGAAGCAGCGCUGGGCUAAACGGUCGGGCGGCGGCAGCUUCAACAAACACACCAGGUUCUCCGAGGCGGGCGGAGACAGCGCUCAGCCGCAGACCAGCAGCUCUCUGGCUAAGGUCCAAAACUUCCUCAGAAAGGUUCAGGAGCAGACUCCGGCAGAGGUCAGAGGUCAAGGCACAGCAGAGGACAGAGAGGAGCGGCGGGCAGAGGCGAGGAGCGAGGAGGCGAAGGAGGCCGAGGAGCGGCCUGCAGAAGACGACAGGACGGAGUUCAGUCCGCUCGGGGCCUCCUGCAGCUCCGCCACCGGCCCCGGGUGGGUUUACAACGAGGAAGAGGAGGAGAGAGACGAAGAACAGCAGGGCCGACAGCUGCAGUGUCUGCAGAUCCCAGACUUCCUCCUGCCUGACGCUCCUGAAGAGGCGAGUGCAAAAGGCAAAAAGAAGAAGAAGAAGAAGCAGAAUAAGCGCAGGAAGCCGCCCGUCCCCGCAGAGAUGGCGGCUGAACCGGAUCUGGCCAAAUACUGGGCUCAGCGCUACAGACUCUUCUCACGCUUCGACGAGGGAAUCCGGCUGGACCGAGAGGGCUGGUUCUCGGUGACGCCGGAGAGGAUCGCCGAGCACAUCGCGCUGAAGGUGGCGGACAGCUUCCCGGACUCGCAGCUGAUCAUCGACGCUUUCUGCGGCGUGGGAGGGAACGCCAUCCAGUUCGCCCUCACCGGGAGGAGAGUCCUCGCCAUCGACAUCGACGGGGCGCGUCUGGACAUGGCGAGGCACAACGCCGCCGUCUACAACGUGGCCGAGCAGAUCGACUUCCUGCAGGGGGACUUCCUGCAGCUGGCGCCUCGUCUCCGCGGCGACGUGGUCUUCCUGUCUCCGCCGUGGGGGGGGCCGGACUACCUCACUGCCGAGGUGUUCAACAUCCAGACCAUGAUGGAGCCGGACGGCUUCCAGAUUUUCCAGCUGGCCAAACUGAUCUCAGACAACAUCGUGUACUUCCUGCCUCGCAACGCGGACAUGGACCAGAUCGCCUCUCUGGCCGGAGCCGGAGGGAAGGUGGAGGUGGAGCAGAACAUCCUCAACAACAAGCUGAAGACGGUGACGGCGUAUUUUGGCAGCUUGAUAAAGACGGACGACUCGUGAGAGACGUAGAACGCGACGUUCUGCACAGAACUGCUGCUGCUGGACGUCUGUUUUUAAUCAGACCGGCUUCUUAUCUCCUGACUGCCUCUGUUUCUGUCAUUUUCUGUGUAAAUACUCACUUUAGUUUUAUAUUUUAUCCUUUUAAUGCAACAUUGGUUCCCAAUAAAUGUUUCACAAGUUGU